UUCUCUAAGCUGCCACCAUGACUUCAUAUCGUCAACUGUUCACUUGGGUUUUGCUUGUACCUUAUCUCACGACAUCCAUAGGCACAACCCGAGGUCUGCCUAAAUCUUUGCCUACGAUGGGUCGUAGUAAGAAAAUACAGAUCAAAACUAUCCUAGCUAGCAUUGGUGCUAAUUGCAAACUGAGAUGCCCAAUCAGACUCUCUGAAAAUGUGCAAUGGUACAUUAAUGGAAAGCUACUGAACCAUACCCAAGAGACGGCAAAGUUUUCAAUUAAACGACGUCAUAGAAAAGAGAUACUCAAGAUAUCAAAAGUGAUGAUUCAAGAUGGUGGCACGUAUUCAUGUUCGGUGAACGACAUUACAACAUCUUGGAGGGUUAUUGUCAAGAAAGAUAAGAAGAGUGGAUGUAGACCAAAACGUCACACGCCAGCAUCUGAUGAAUGUCCAAAAAGAUCUGGCACAAAACCAUUAACCUAUUGCACCCAAGCUUUAAAUUUCGAAAAGUGUUCAUCCUUUGCUGGAGUUCCACAAGAUUUUAAAGUAAUCGAGUUUCUUCACAAACGCAAACCAGUCAUACAAGCUGGAUGGAAAAUGCCAAGAACAGGCAACAAUGAUUUGUGGGGAUAUGACCUUGAACUUGUUGGUCAUAGAGGAGAUCUUGGAGAACGACAGUGCGUCGAGAUUUACCAAAAAGAUUUAACAUAUUGGAAUUUUAUGAAUCUCAAGUUUGGUGCAGAAUAUAACGUAAAACUGCGGAGUCUGCCUUCUAAUACAUUUCACAAACUGAAAAUCAAGAUAAAAGAGAAAUGUCAAUAUGAGAAGUUUAAACUGGAAUCAGCGGCAUGCUGCUUACUAUCAGAUGAAAACAGCACACUAGUCGCUGAUGAGGGAAAGAUUCUUCUGUCAUGGAAGGUUCAGUGCCCAGAAAACGGGAUUUCUUUAAACCGCUUCACUAUUUACUGGUCCAAUCUACAACUCUUCAAUAGUCAAAAAUGUACCGAUGAGGCGACGUUCAAUCAACAUCCAAUUUCAGAAGCUUUUAACUAUACAAUACAUCUAAAUGAAGAAUGCCAAAGAUACAACUAUUCCAUAAAGGUGUAUGGAAGAGACAGCAAUAAUACGAGGACCGACAAGGGAGUUAGAAUCGUUGUUGCAUUUCCUGAAAACACAGUACCAAUUCAACCACCUCCAUCACCCAAGAAAUCAGGAAGUGACGAUAGUGAUUUGAAGAUCAUUGUUGCUGUAUUUGGAGUUCUCCUUGGUUCGGCACUUGUUGCCCUGUUUUUUGUUUAUAGACGUUUUUGCGGGACAGUCAAACUUGAGCUACCACAGAAUGCAAACGAUUCACAUGGAGAUAACAACGACGGGGCAUUAAUAAUGAAAGAAAAAAGAGUUUUCAUAAUUCACGCACGUUGCUGUGAUAAGUGUGACUGGGUGAUCCAUUGCCUUGCAAAGCUUUUAAAUUCAACCAACGCCAUAGAAGCAAAUGUUGACUUGUGGCACUUACAAGAUAUAGCCUCAGAUCCAAUGAGAUGGUAUGGAAUGGAAGUCGCUAAUGCCGACGGCGUGGUCAUUCUGGCGUCCCAUCACAUGAAGAAAUUGUACGAUUGUAGAGACACGCCAAAGACCACGAAAGAUUUGUUACCUGUUAAAGCACAACUCAACUUCGUGGCAGGCGAAAUUCGUCAAGAGCCAGGCAGUCGAAAGUUUAUCUCGGCAUACUUCUCGUACAAUGGGCAACAAACCGACUUUCCUUCAUUUCUCAACUCAAGGCUUGCUCACAAGUUACUUAAAGACCUGGAUAGGUUCAUCUUUCACUUGCUAAGAAUUGAAGCUAUUCAGCCUUAUCGUACUCAACCUAUUGCCAUUUUAGGCGGAACACCGGCAUUUAACUCGAAGAAAGAAGAUCUUCUGCGCGCAAUUAGCGAAGCGAAUGAGUAUCACGUGACAAAAGAUCAGAACAAUGCAAUGACAACCCUUUCAACAUAGAUAGAUCGUCAGUAAACCAUGUAAAGAACCAAACAACAAAUAAAUUACAGCACCAUCUCCUCCGAAUCAGAACUAAAUCAAGUUUUCAUGGUGUUUGGGGUAUUGAUCUCCGAAAAUGGAUCUACGAAAAUGUACCAACAUGGAAAAGGCUUAGAGGGGCUGGCGCUCCUCAAAGAAAUCGAAGUGGUAACAUUGGUUUUCAUUGUCAUUGAAACAAGUUAUUAGAUACCAAGGAAAUCCGUUUAAUUUACUUAGUGCUAAAAUGUUUGUCAGUCGGUUAGAUAAAUUUCAUGAUUCUAGUUUGAAUUCACUGGUUGCUUGACAGGUUUAUCACAGGAUGCUUUUAAAAAUGAUAGUAAUUCAUUGUGUAGAUAGUACCUAAGACUCGCUUAUCAGAUCAUACAUAUACUAAGCCAUAGAGAUUGCGGAGGGACUCGAGGAGGAAAAGGGGAUUUUGGAACAAUCUUAGUAGAGAAAAAUUGUCUUGAAUCUUCUAAACUUGAUGACUGCUAAAACAGGACUGAAAAAAAUUGAUUAAUGAAUUUUAAUGAAAAUAGGUUGUCAAAGUUCUUUCAGUAACAUGACCUAUUCAGUUUUUUUCCGAAGUGCCGGCUCUUUUGUACCCCUUUCGUCCUAUCUUUCUAGGGCUCCAACAUAUAGAAAUUAUUAUCAGCAAAGUUAGAAAAGCGGACAAAUAGAAAGUGCUUCUGUCGAUCAGAAUAGGACUCGGUCUGAAAAACAUCUAAUUUGGCGUUCACGAUCUAUGAACACCAGUUUUUCAGAUGAAGUCUUCCAGACGAAAUUCACUGAUUCUCAAACAACUCCUGUAUUUAUAAUACGGUCGGUUUCAAACAGGGACUGAGAGGUGAAUAGUCUAUAUGGUAGAUCGAUAUCCAGAAGCCUGUCAAAAUCACCGGUAAUUCAUAUAAAAAGCAUGUCACAAUAUUUGAGAACACUUUGUUGUGGAAUAAAAACGAUGUAUAAACAAA